GGUAAGCUCGUUCAUUACAUUGUCUUACGAUUCGCUACCAAUGGAAAGCACAGACAAAAUUACCUCCUUGCAUCGAAAACGAGGCUUCCAAAUCGGCCGAUUUACGACUCCAUCGAAACGACUCGACGAAUACGAACAAUCCAGCAAACGGAACAAGGCCUCUUUGACGGCUUACAACUCACUGCUCGACGACACGUGGAAACAGUACAGAGAAUUACAAGAUGAACUAGAAGAUUUAGGCGAGCGGGACGACGCGCGCGUUUCCGAAAUAACUAACAUAUAUUAUGACCUGGUAGUACGAUUACACAUUCUCAUGGAUGAUGCACCAGCAUCGUCGUUGAAAUCGCCAAGCUGCGAUUCGCCCAAUGUCGCCGAGCCGACAGCAAUUAAAUUACCAGAGAUUCAGCUACCUACUUUCGACGGUGCCAUCGAGAAUUGGCAUUCAUUUUAUGACUCUUUCUCGUCCACGAUAGAUCGAAGCGAUCGACUUACUCCCGUACAGAAGUUCCACUAUCUUCGAUCUUCUUUAACCGGAAAGGCCGCGCGAAGCAUCCAAUCGUUGGACGUUACGGAAAUCAAUUAUCCAAUCGCGAUUGAUCUUCUAAAAGACAAAUUUGGUUGCCACCGUCAAGUCUACAUGCGCCACUGGGACUUGAUUUUCGAUUAUUCGAAAAUAAAUAAAGAGACACCCGAAGCUAUAGACGAUUUCCUGGAGACACGGUCAAGCUACCGUCAGCCAUCAUUCGCAAAUGGCAACGCACAUUACCGGAUAAAAAGAUGCCGUCAUAUACACAUUUGGUAGAGUUCCUUAAAACACGGACGAGCGGCGACAGAACAAGCCCAACAACGACCGCGACAAAAAGGACGUCCGAGCAACACAACCGACAGCGACAACACGCGCCGCGAAGCAUCACCUUCACCACUACACAUAGGC